AUGCAUGAAUUCACCAACCAAGAAAAAAAAACUCCACAUUAGUUUAAAUAAGGAAAAAAUAGCUUUUCUAAACCAUAGAAGGUUUAGAUUUUUAAUACAAAUAAUGGGUAUUUUUUUAAUGAAUCAUUCUCAUAAAUAACCUUAAAAUUAUACGAAUUAAAAGGAACAUUAGUUGAAACCUAAUAAUUCAAAAAAUAACUAUUUGAUGACGAAAAUUAUAUAAAGUUUUCUAAUAAAUUGUAACAACUACUAAAUUAUCAAUUUCAAUUAAAUAGAGAAGCAAUAAGCUCCCUCCAAAGAUAAUUUCAAUAAAUUUUGGAAAACCAAGCAUCAAAAAAGGCAACUACAUCUUUCUAAUAAAAUCAAUCCAAUAGUUCUAUGAAAAUUACUACUUCUAAGAUUUAUGUCCAACGUUCAGUUGAUGAUAUGCAGUAAUAAACUUUUAGUUUUUUUUAUACUUCUAAAGAAUCAAAAAACCCAGUUAAUCUGCUUUGUUAAGGAAAAAUUUUUGAUUAAUAAAUAAAAAUGAAUUAAAAUACCCUCUCUCCUAAAGUGCAGUACAUUAAACUUGAUCAAUAUUCCUUAAUUUGA